AUGGCCGCUUCAGCCUGUAUGCUCCUCGCAUCACUUCUCAUUUAUCUCGCUCUCAUUCUCCACUCUAUACUCUUCUGUACCAUCUAUUGUAUCCUCAAACAACCUAAGCAGACGCCGCUUCCUAACAGACGCAAUGACGAGCAUGCUACCAACCUCAGCGCUUUCCUUCGCGAGGUGCUGUCGCUGAUCGAGCGCAACGGAGGCCAGCAGUCUCUGCCGGCAGACAUCGUCGGCGACAUCAUUCGAGGCGCAUUGACGUUCGUACUGAAGACGCAGCACUCCCCCGACCUUAGCAGCCUCAGCAACGCUCUCAACGUCGCGCGAACUGAGGCCAGAGCAACGGCAGAAAGCACGGCGCAGACCCUCGACCAGAUCAAGCAAGAGCUCAAGUCCACCGUAGAACUCGUACAACAGUCCGCAACAAAGAUACAACAGAAUGGCAACACAGCAGAAGAGGCGAGGGCAGCAGCCAAGGACGCCACAGAGGUGGGUAAAGCGACGCCAGAGAUCGCGCGAGAGAUCAGGAACAAAAGGCCACAAGAGCAGGCGAACGGACCAAUGAGCUACGCUGCAGCAGCAGCUAGGGGUGUCCCACUAGCAGGUACAUACAAUGCACAAAGUGUCAAACAGCCACCUGCGCAGACGCAGCGUGAGGUCAUUAUGUAUAUUAGAGACCCGCUCACCAUACAGAGCCUGAGAGCUAUGAAUCCUAGCAACCUCAAAGUGCAUGUCCAGCGUGCUAUUGAGCAAAGCGGCAAUGAAAACAUAGUCAACGUGAAGAUUGUCUCAUCUAACCAGCUGAAGAGCGGAGACCUGAGCAUCAAGACAGCAAGCAGCAGCGAAGUCGAGGCGCUACGACAGUUUGCGGACGACUGGGCCCACCGCAUUGGCAGUGGGACUACAGUGCAGAUCCCGACGUUCGGCGUCCUCGUCCACGGCAUACGCACGAGCACGAUGGACAUGAGCAAGCUUGACGAGAUCAGAGCGCAAAUACUGCAGGACAACCGACCGUUCAUACCCCGGGCGGAGAUAAGACACAUAGGCUGGCUUACCAGAGACGCUGCUGCUAAGACAGCAACGACUAUCACUAUCGAGUUCACCAAACUAGAGGAUGCCAACAAGAUCAUCGACGAAGGUCUGGUCUGGCAGGGAACCCAGUGCAAAGCAGCAACAGCAUGUGGCCACUGUGCGCAGGAGCACGACACCCGCGACUGCCCAUCGAGGGCUGGACAAGCCGUGACUAGGAAAUGUGCUGCCUGCCGCGGCGAGCACGAAGCGUGGAGCCGCCAGUGCCCAACCAGGAAGGACGAGAUAGCCAAGGCAAGGACCGCGUACGAGAUGCGGCCACGCUAUCACCACGUUCCGCAAACAGCCAGACAAAACGUGCAGAUUGAUAUCCCGACGUCCACAAUUUGA